AAGUGCCCUAAAUUAUUGGAAGAGAUAAAAUUAAUGUCCCAAGUAAAAAACUAGGUAUGUUAAUUCCUUCUCUAUUCCUACCUGCAAAAAUAACUACACCUUCUUUGCACCAACAAGUAGAGCAUGUAGAAGACUUAACAAAUUAGAAAUAUGCUGUCUUGUAAGGAAUUCUCAGUCGGCUUGCGCUGCCCUGGUCACUUCAACGAAACUUUCACCUGUAAUUUCUUCGGCAUUUUGGCACAACAAUCCGACUAUGGCCGUUUGUAGGAAUUUUCAUGGGACUUUUGCUAUAAGCAGCCUUGUGCAACAGACGAUGAAACAUGGGUUUUUACUUCCUAAGCAGCCAUUAGAUGUACAAGUCGGUAGAAGAAACGUGAUAAAAUACUCUUUGAAGACUGGUAAACGGAAAUCUGUAAAAGCCGUACUAAAAAGAUUCUACAGGCUAGAUUGGGGCAUUUGGAUAAGAACUAGAUGUGGCCGUGCAAAAAAGCUGUAUAAGAAAUCGGGAAACAGGAUAAGAAGACUGAGACAACAUGUUUUUACAAAUGCAACACAAAGUUAUUUGUUGGACAAAAUGGUGACUCGGUAUUGGCGAAAACCAAGGUUCUAUCCAGAAGACCCGUACAAUCCCUACCACAAGAGGGAGGAGUUCCCUUUGACAAGAAAAUCGCCUCUCCCUCCUGAUACAUAGAACCUUACAUUUUGUAACAUAGCUGUUCUUAUUUGUUUUUGUAAAUAAACAUUUUGAACAUUUA